CCUUUUCGGGCAUUUCCAUCGAACUUUAUUUUUUGAUGAUCCCUCACAGUACGGAGUAGUAGAUCGUCGUCCUCCUUUCCUUUGACAAAAACAACGCAUUGUUGUUUAGCGCCUAGCACAAUCUUCUGCCCAUUUCUUUCUUGUAUAUAUAUUGCCUAUACCAAUGCACAUGUUCUUAAUGGAAGAAUUGUGAUUACAUUGCCCUCAUGCACCUCAGCCAUGGCACCCUGGAACAACCCUCCAGCUUCUGGAGGGGCUGCUCAACUGCGACCAUGUAUACGGUCGUAGCAGCAUGCCGGGCAUUCCUCUACGCCGCGAGUAACACGGAAGUUCACGGGCACGAGAAGUUUAUAAAACUCCUGGAGUCUCGCGCGGAUCCAGGCUCGCGUACCCGAGGCUUGAUUACUGGCUUGAGGCAGUAUCAAAUCAUAUAAGCGUGUACAAUGGAUGACCCUUUGAUGUGGGGAACGAUUCCGUUAUUAAACAAACGUGCAUUCAACUCGUUCAAUCGCAGAUGGGCUUUUGGAAGCCAUGAUAUAUGCUACAGCAACAGAGCUGUUUCUGCAUUUUUCACCCUAGGUCAAGUCAUGCCUACACAUCGUAUUCUCCAUUCUCCGUACGGAGGCCUCUUCCAACCUACCAUGACACAAGCAAUCCGCCUUCUGUCGCGCGGACCAUUUUCUCCUGAACCACAUAUGGCACCUGCUAGUCGGCAGCAUUGGAGUCUACAGAACGUUUGCGUUGACCCUUUUUCAGAAGUGGCUACCGCAUAUACUACCACAGGCGAAGAUUCGCAUAUCGCGCCUUCGGCAUACGCUUGUAAUAGUUUUUCGUGGAUUCACAUCUUCCCGGAGGGAAAAGUGCAUCAAGCGCCUAACAAGACGAUGCGAUAUUUUAAAUGGGGGGUGUCGCGGCUGAUUCUGGAGGCGUCCGAGUGUCCCGAUGUCGUCCCUAUGUGGAUUGAAGGCACCGACCAGGUCAUGCACGAGGAUCGCGGGUUCCCACGAUUCAUACCCCGCGUCAACAAAAAUAUAAGUAUAACCUUUGGCGAUCCAGCUGACCUGGAGGAGCAGUUUGGCGAUUUAAGAAGGCGGUGGCGGCGGAUAAAGGCAAAGGCGGAAGAGGGUCAAAAAGACCUGUCUCUUGGAGUCUUGAAUGAUGAGCUCAAGUACGGAAAGGAAGCUGUUGAGUUGCGCAUUGAGUGUACAAGGAGGAUUCGAGAGUUGGUUCUCGCCGUUCGAAAAUCGAGAGGGCUGCCCGACGAGGACCCAAAGGAGAGCAGAGUCGAAACUUGGCUUCGUGAAGGGCCGAAAGUUGAGGGGAAAAUGGAUGACGGAUCGUGGAUUCGAGAUACCUAAGAUUUGUGUAUACUAUGUUUUGAUAUUGCUGUAACCAUACCCUUAGACCUCAUUGUCAACAAUUUACCUAUAAUCUACCCUGGAUCAUGUUGCUCCCGCAAAGAGGACAGCCAACGCCAUCCAUCCUUCGUUCUAUUAUCAAGCCAAUAAUAUCUGAUUACGACAUCUUCAUCAUUAUUUUUUAGUGGGCGUUUGUCAUCGAUAU